AUGGCUUCCACGGAACUUAGCCUAAAAAGAACCUUAACAGAUAUUUUAGAAGACGAGUUGUAUCAUACUAAUCCAAGUCAUAAUCAAUUCGCAGGCCAUUAUCAAAACUACCAUCCAAAUGCUAGCAUUACUCCGUAUAAGUUGGUGAACGGCAACAAGGAAAAUAACGGUUUUACUUGGAAUCAUUCAUCUCAACAGCAGAAUGAAUCGAGUGCAGCUUCGAUACCGCCACAGCAAACUUUCCACUUUCCAAUAUUCAACAAAUACGCGGAUCCUACUUUAACUACCACCACCUCUUUUACAAAUGGUGAAGGACCGGCAAACGAUAAACAGAUUAAUAAUGUCCACCUCAUACCAAACGAGGUUAAGAGUGUCAGCGAAACCCCGCUGCAGAAGACUGUUAAUUUGAAGAAUAUAAUGAAAGUAUCAGAUCCGUAUGUACCGACACGGAAUACGUUCAAUUAUGAUGUUAAAAUUUCGAACGAUUUUUUCGAUAACGGUGAUAAUCUAUAUGGUAAUGACGAGGAAGUGCUUUUUUAUGAAGAUAAUUAUAAUCCGAAGAUGCAGUGGUCUCUUCAAGAUAAUAGCGCUGCAAUAAAUAAUGAGGACGCGAGAGCUAUUUUUAACAAUGAAUUUGACUCUGAUGAUGAUGAUAUUAGUGAUGAUGAAGAGGAUGAAAUCGAAGAAGAAGACUGUUUACAACAAGAUCAACACCAAGAGGAACCCUUGCUGCCAUUGGACGCUACAUCGAUCUCAAUAUUUGGCGCGGAUCAAAAAAUGGGUCGUGCCAAGAGUACUGGCCAUCUAUUUAAUGAGUACAGUUACGUUGACUCUAAUAUAGAUAGUAUGACCAGUGGUGUGUCUAAAAAUUUGUUAGACGAACAGGGACACGAGAAAAUACAGGAUGAGGAUGAGGAUGAGGAUAAUGAUCUUCUUGACGAAGAUGAUAUCUAUGAUAUAUCUCUCUUGAAGAACAGAAGAAAGCAAAGCUUCGUUCUCAAUAAAAACACUAUUGAUUUUGAAAGAUUUCCAUCUCCAUCAACCUCGGCAAAUAAACCCUCUAAUGCUGCUGCUGGCAAAAGGAAGUCAGCAAAAUCGUCCAAUAAUCGUAGUGGCGCUAACAACAAUAAUGAAAACAGCUCAUUAGAAAGAAUAAAGAAGCCGACGUCAGCUGUAUUAACCUCAAAUACUAGUAGGCGGAAGCUAAUCAACUAUACUAAGAAGCACUUAUCUUCACAUUCUUCAUCUUCCAAUUCGAAUUCAAAAUCCUCAACUACGCCACCAUCGGCGCAUGCGUCAUCUUCUGAUGGCAAUAACGAAAUAUUUACUUGUCAGAUAAUGAACCUCAUCACAAAUGAACCAUGCGGUGCCCAAUUUUCAAGAUCCUAUGAUUUAACAAGACACCAAAAUACUAUUCACGCUAAAAGAAAGAUUGUUUUCCGUUGCUCAGAGUGUAUAAAAAUUCUUGGAUCUGAAGGCUAUCAGAAGACAUUUUCGAGACUGGAUGCUUUGACAAGGCAUAUAAAAUCAAAGCAUGAAGAUUUAUCCUUAGAACAGCGUCAAGAGGUUACAAAAUUUGCAAAGGCCAAUAUUGGUUAUGUCAUGGGUUAA